UCAGUUCUGUGGUGCCAGGGAGCAGAGCAGAGCCCAGCCCUGACCCAAACACAGAUGGGACCAUGAACUCCAGCCACAACUUCAGUCAGAUGCCCUCGGGCCCCCUCCAUGGCACAGGAGGCACCUGGGGCAGACCUGGGAACUUUCCCCGGGCUCCCAGUGUCCAUGGAGGUGCAGGGGGUGUCCGAGUCUCCCUUUCUUUCACCAAGCCCAACUGCCCACUUCCUGGCAGGUCUUGGGGGUCCGGAAGAGGCAGUUCUCUCUUAGGAGGAAAUGGGAAGGAGACCAUGCAAAAUCUCAAUGACCGCCUGGCCUCCUACCUGGACAAGGUACGUGCCCUGGAGGAGGCUAAUGUACAGCUGGAAAGUCACAUACUGAAGUGGCAUCAGCAGAGAGACACUGGCACCAAGCAAGAUUACUCUCAGUACGAGGAAAACAUCAGCCGCCUACAAGAGCAGAUCAUAGAUGGCAAACAGACCAACGCUCAGAUCAUUCUUCUCAUUGACAAUGCCAGGAUGGCAGUAGAUGACUUCAGCCUCAAGUAUGAAAAUGAACAUUCCUUUAAGAAAGACUUGGAAAUUGAAGUUGAAGGUCUCCGAAAAACUUUGGAUAAUCUGACCAUUGUCACAACAGAUCUGGAACAGGAGGUGGAGGGAAUGAGGAAAGAGCUCAUCCUCAUGAAGAAGCGCCAUGAGCAGGAAAUGGAAAAACAGCAUGUGCCCAAUGACUUCAAAAUCAAUGUUAAGGUGGACACAAUCCCUGGAGAAGACCUGAUUAAGGUCCUGGAGGAUAUGAGGCAAGAAUACGAGUUUAUAAUAAAGAAGAAGCACCAAGAGUUGGAUGCUUGGUAUAAAGAGCAGUCAGCAGCCAUGGCCCAGCAAACAGUCAGUCCAACUGUGCAGAGUAACCAAAGUGACAUCCAUGAGUUAAAACGCACUUUCCAGGCCCUGGAGAUUGAUCUGCAAGCUCAAUACCACAGGAAAUCUGCUUUAGAAAACAUGUUAUCAGAGACCCAGUCUCAGUACUCCUACCAGCUCCAGGACAUGCAGCAGAUCAUCUCCCACAAUGAGGAGGAACUUAGGCGGCUUCGCUAUGACCUAGAGCAACAGGACACUGAAUACAAACUCCUCCUGGGCAUUAAAACCCACCUAGAACAAGAAAUUGCCACCUACCGCCAGCUCCUGGAGGGAGAGCAUGAAGGGGCAAUGCAGGGGUCCAAAUCAAGCAUGAAAGCUCCAAAGAUUAAAGCCAUCACCCGGGAAAGUGUCAAUGGAAGAAUAGUCCUUUCUCAAGUGAAUGAGAUCCAAAUGAACAAGUGAGGUCCUUAAAAGCCUCUGUGUGCUGUAAAAACUAUUUUCCCCAAUGGAAAGUCCUUACCAAGACAAAAAUGAGUGAGUCCUAACAAGUGUCCUUGGAAUUACCAAACUUGGAAAAUGUUAUUGUUUAUCUUCUGUAACAACCUCAUCAAAUGUUCCAUAAAAUCUUAAUAUACUGCUGUACUUUUAAAAAUCAAUGUAUGUGUUUAUGAGCUUAAAACUCUUUCUACUUUUCCUACUACUACAAUCUUCAGAUUCCCAUAAUUGUACAUGUAUUUUAUAGCCAAUAAAACUUCAUACUGCUG